GUAAUCAACGCAACUUUUUGCACAGAAUUCGGCCUCCGACAAUCAACGCAACUCUGUGCACCAAAAUUCGUCCUCCGAUAAUCAACGCAACUUUGUGCACCAAAAUUCGGCCUCCGACAAUCAAUUGGAGUUGGAUUCGUCGAUCUUCCUUCGUCAUUUUCAAGAAUGAUCCGAUUCAUACUUUUGCAAAAUAGGCAGGGCAAGACCCGUCUGGCUAAGUAUUACGUUCCGCUCGAGGAAUCCGAAAAGCACAAGGUCGAGUACGAGGUUCAUCGAUUGGUGGUUAAUAGAGAUCCCAAGUUCACAAAUUUCGUUGAGUUCCGAACACACAAGGUCAUCUACAGACGAUAUGCAGGAUUAUUUUUCUCCCUUUGUGUGGACAUAACAGACAACGAGUUGGCCUAUCUUGAGUGUAUUCAUUUGUUUGUGGAGAUUCUGGAUCAUUUCUUCAGCAAUGUGUGUGAGCUCGAUUUGGUUUUUAAUUUUCACAAGGUCUAUCUGAUACUUGAUGAAUUUAUUCUUGCUGGAGAACUCCAAGAAACGAGCAAAAAGGCGAUUAUUGAAAGAAUGGGGGAACUGGAAAAGCUGGAGUGAAGAUAGUACAUGUCAAAGAGCUAAGAUUGCAAUUUGUUUUCCGUGACAGAGUUGAUUGUGUUGCGAUUUCAGUUUUCUUUGUUUCCCCCGCAGUAUAUUUGUCCGUGUGGUCUUUGUUGUGACAGAUAGAACAAAGAAAAAAUUGAACAGAAUUUGAGUCCCUUGCAUCACCUUUGCAUAGUUUUUGAACAUUUCAGAACAUCAACCCUCUAUAAAUAGUGAAAUCUACAUUAUUCAUUCUUGUUGA